AUGUGGCAAGCUCUGACUGGUUGUAUUUCGGUUACGGCGAAUCUGAAACGGCGAGGUGUCGCUUGUGAUAUUGGCUGUUCGCGGUGCGGGGCUGAGGAAGAAACGGUUAAUCAUGUUCUUUUUCGUUGUCCCCCCGCACGUCAGGCAUGGGCUCUGGCACAUGUACCGGUGGGCCUGCAGAACUUUCCGACAGAGUCGGUCUAUGCUAAUGUGGAUCAUUUCCUAGGGCGGAAUAACCCGGGCAACCGGGUGGAUUUUUUCCCUUGGCUCAUGUGGUACAUUUGGAAAGCAAGAAAUGCUAAGGUUUUUGAGAACCGAGACGAACAUCCGGAUGAGGUGGUGAGGUUGGCCGAAGGGGAGGCGUCCUCUUGGCUUCAAGCUCAGAUGGAUGAUGGGGAUUUGGAGGGUCCACCCGCUGGUUCCCCUCUUUCUCGGACACCUCGGGGGAAUACUGUUUUGCUUUCUUCGGUUUAUUUAGGGUAUCGUUGUUUUGUUGACGGCUCCUGGAAGGAGUCGGAUGUUUUUUCAGGUGCAGGAUGGUGUUGUACUUCUGUACAGCGAGAGUCCCCUCUGCUCGGAGCCACCAAUUACAGGCGCAGUCUUUCCCCGCUACACGCUGAAGUUGAAGCAUUUAUGUGGGCCAUGCGAUGUAUGAUUGGACAUGAUAUCCGGGAGGUGACGUUUCUUACGGACUGUUCCGACUUGGUGAAGAUGGUGUCUUCUCCUCACGAAUGGCCGGCCUUUGCACCGUAUCUAGACGACAUAAAGAUGGACAGGGAGGAGUUUUCUUCUUUUUCUUUGAUUUAUGUUUCCCGUAAUGCUAAUGUUAGGGCGGACUCUUUAGCACGCAAAGCGCGUGCAAGUUCCCACCAUAUUUUAUUUGUAAACGAUUUUCCACCAAAUUGA